AUGGACACUGUCACCGACGAGGGAGAGGUUAUUAUUGUGUUGGAUCAAAUUUUGGAUAUCAAGUUACGCUUACUAUUGUUUCUUCGUAUUUAUAUGUCUGUUGGGCGGCGUCGUUUAACCAAUACACCAAACAAUGGGAGAACAUACAGCUUAAUAGCAAAGAUACCUAAACAACAAGAAAUAUUGCAUGAUCUGGUGGGUAUUGACGAUGUCACGUGUAGGGAUAAUCUUAGAAUGAAUAUGGACACUUUCAAACGCUUGUGUUAUCUACUUGAACACAGGGGUGGUCUUUUAGCAACCAAAAAUGUUCAAAUACCCGAACAAGUUGCAAUGUUUUUGAGUAUUUUGGCUCACCAUACAAAAAAUGUUGUUAUUCGUUCUUCCUUCAAACGAUCUGGAUUCACUGUUAGCAAACACUUUAAUAGACUCUUAGCUGCACUUCUUAAGUUGCAUUCUAUAUUAUUGGUCACCCCCCAACCAGUUUCAGACGAUUCCGAUAACCAAAGGUGGAAGUUUUUGAAGGGUUGCCUUGGUGCACUAGAUGGAACAUACAUUAAUGUUAGGGUGUCUCGAGCUGAUAAGCCAAGGUAUAGGAAUCGAAAGGGUGACAUAGCCGUCAAUGUUCUUGCUGUUUGUGAUGUUAACAUGAAUUUUGUAUAUCUGCUGACUGGAUGGGAGGGGUCCGCUGCGGACAGUCGAGUCCUUCGUGAUGCUAUUACUAGGUCUAAUGGUUUAAAGAUUCCGACGGGUCAUUACUAUCUUGUCGACAAUGGUUAUACCAAUGGAGAUGGUUUCUUAUCACCUUAUCGGGGAAAAAGAUAUCAUCUUCAAUAUUAUGGUCAAGGUACCGAUGCACCUCAAAAUUAUAUGGAAUAUUUUAACAUGACACAUGCAAAGGCACGUAAUGUGAUAGAAAGGGCAUUUGGUAUUUUAAAGUCCAGAUUUGCAAUUCUUAGAAGUUCUGCCUAUUAUCCUAUCAAAGCUCAAAAUAGAAUUGUAAUGGCAUGUAGUCUUCUUCAUAACUUCAUAAGGACUACGAAUGAUUUUGACCCCGAAGAAGCCGUUGUUCCGGAAGACCCAGAAGAAUCUGAUGAUGAUGAAGAAAAUGACAACAAUGAUGUCAAUGAUGCUGAAUACAUCAAUGUUGUUGAACCAUCACAACAUUGGACUAAUUGGAGAGACAACCUCGCUCAAGAGAUCUUCAUGGAUCGAACUGGUUCAUCGUCUAAGGUUGUAACUUCAAAAGGGAGGUCUACUAACACACGAAGGACAUGGACAUUGCAAGAAGAACAGGGAUUGCUUCAGGCAUUGAAGGACAUUGUUGCACGCGGGUGGAAGUGCGAUAACGGUUUCAAAACGGGAUACCUUGCCACACUUGAGGGGGCUAUGUCGGUGGCAUUUCCGGGCACAGAUUUGAAAGCCGAACCACACAUACAUUCAAAAAUACACGUGUGGAAGAAAUACUACGGUUCCUUAAGUACUAUGCUUUCACGGUCAGGCUUCGGUUGUAAUGAUUCGUCGUGCACUAUUGACAUGCACGAUGACCAAGUUUGGGCAGACUACAUUAAGUCAGACACCCACGCACGGACCAUGCGUUUCAAAGCAUGGCCAUACUACAAAGAUUGGGUAAUUAUCUUUGGCAAGGACUGUGCUACUGGAGAAUAUGCUGAGGCAUUCAAUGAAGCUGUCAACAACUUGGUACAUCCUACGAAGGGGAAUGAACACACUGUAUUUGGAGGUGACGACUAUUCGUUUGUUGAUGCACCGAAUGAUGAGUUCAGCAACGACCUUAUGUCAAUUGCCGGGGCAGACAGUGCAUCUAGUUCGAAGAGUAAGCCUAAAUCUAAAAACAAAAGAGGAAGGACCAAUGACAUCGAUGCUCGCUUGGUUGACAUGAUGUCCACUUUCUUUGACAAAGCAGAUGACAAGUUGGGCCGUAUAGUGAAUAAAAUUGGAUUCGAGUUUGAUGUAUCCGAGUCAAGGAAAAAGGUUUUUGAUGCACUUAAUCCGUUUGAAUUCUUGAGUGGUGAAAACAAAUUGCACGUGACAAAGGUAAUAUGCGAAAGCACGAAAAACAUGGACAUAUUCUUUAGUGUCAACGAAGAUCACAAGGCGAUUAUGGUUAAUAUGAUUCUUAACGGUCGGUUCUAG